AUGAAGGUCAGGCUGACAAGUGCACCAAUCCUGACUAUUCCUAAUACCGAGGAAGUAUAUGAGGUGUAUUCUGAUGCCUCAAGAAGUGGACUUGGUUGUGUUUUUAUGCAAGGUGGACGUGUUGUAGCGUACGCAUCUCACCAAUUGAGGCCACAUGAACGGAGUUACCCCACUCAUGACUUGGAGCUAGCGGCUAAAGACAUGAAUCUCAGGCAAAGGAGAUGGGUGGAAUACAUGGAAGAUUAUAACUUCACGCUGCAGUAUCAUCUAGGAAAAGCUAAUGUGGUUGUUGAUGCCCUUAGCAGGAAGACUUCGGGGACUCUGACGUCAUUAACUUUAGAAGACUGGAAAAGAACUUAA